UCCGCCGCGUCCUCGCAGGUGGAGGCGGCCCCAGCUACGGCAGCGCGCAGGCAGCGCGGGGCCGCGGCAGCCGUGGGGGCCGGGGCCACGGCCAGGCCGCGCCACGCCACCGGGGUUGCCGGCGAGUGCCGGGCGGCGGUGCCGAGCGCGCCCAUGGGCAGGGCGCCCCCCGCGGGCUCAUCGCCGCCAGCUCUGGGGCAACGUGAGGUGUCCCGGCGGCAGUGAGGGCGGAGCGGGACGAGCAAUGGCGCGGCGGACGGCCGCCACGGCGGCGGACGAGCUGGCCAACGCAGCCGCCCGCGGCGACCUGCAGCGCCUGAGGGAGCUGCUGGACGGCGCGGCGGACCCCAACGCCAUCAACUCCUACGGCCGGACCCCCAUCCAGGUGAUGAUGCUGGGCAGCCCGCGGGUGGCCGAGCUGCUGCUGCAGCGCGGCGCCGACCCCAACCGCCCGGACCCGCGCACCGGCUGCCGCCCGGCGCACGACGCGGCUCGGGCCGGCUUCCUGGAGACGCUGGCGGCGCUGCACCGGGCCGGCGCCCGCCUCGACCUGCCCGACGGCCGCGGCCGCCUCCCCCUCGACGUGGCGGCGGGGGGUCCCCACGGGCCGGUGGGACAGUACCUGCGGACCACCUACUCCUGUGACAUCCCCUCCCUUAAUUUAUUGCCCGCGGCCGCCUCGGGAGACACGAAAUCAGGCAGCACUCCCGAGCUGUAAAUAAUCCUCGGAUCACCUCUCUCGUCUCGGAUGCAUGAAGGACCGGCGGGGUACGUGUUGUGUAGUACCCUAUAUUUUACACGUGUUUGCAUGUCACUGCACUUCAAGCCCUACCCCUCUCUCUUGACACACGAAGAUACAAACAAUAUGAAGAGAAAUAAAUAUGAAGGAACAGCCUUUGCACAGAGGUGGCACAAUAAGCCCUCCGUGAUUUGACAGGACAUUGUCUGGGCUUUCUGUUCACCUUCCUCCUCACUGGCACACACCAGUCCUCCAUCUGAAUGGGACUGGAGAGGCUCCAGGCUCUCACAGGCGCAAGCCAACAGCUCCUGGUUUGAUUUCAGACCCAAAUUGGACUCACAGGGCGCUGAAGCUGAUCUCUGCUUCUCCCUAGCAAAACCGGCCAGGACGGAGGGGAAUCUGAGACUUCCUGGUAUGGCUGCAGCUUUGGCAAACACCUUAAAACCACGUAAGAUGCUAUGCAUGUCUGUGCAUGGGUUCGUGGUGCAUCCAUGGCUCUUCUCAUUAAGGCUGUAAACAUGAGACCUGGAAGGAGGGGAAAAAAAUAGAGAGAUUUGUGUCUCUGCAAGCCCAAUACCCACCUCUCUUGAAGUAAUAAGUGUUUCACCAACUUGCAGGUGACCUUCUCUGAGGUACUCUAACAGUAUUUUGAAGAAAUCACGACAGCUGCAAAACAAAGCCAUGUGGAACAAAAACCUAAAAAUCAUAUGACCAAACUCGGCCCUGGAGUUUCCCAAGUUGCUCAAAGGUAGCAUAUUUGGAAAAGAAACAAACAUACUCUUGUAAUAACAGCUGGUUGUAAAGGCUGCUGGAGGAGGAGGAGGAACAAGAGCAGGGGAUAGAUUCAUUAUUUGAGAGCUGAUCCAAAUUUCACCAACUGCCACCCUGGGUGGGGAAGAUAGAUGUGAGCACCCCGUGAAGAACACUAUAGCAGCCCAGCCAAGGGGCAGGGGACAAAUGGGAAGAUCCAGAGCUCUUCAGGAGUGCUGCGGGAAGAGUGCUGGCAGCAGCGAGGACGGCACUUCAUGAAAUGAGUGGGAGACCUUACAUCCCUCUUACAACCCACACAAGGAGGUGCCCAAACUUUAGGCAUCAAGAAGCCAAAGCUGGACACAAAUCACAAACACUGUGCAAGGCUACCCGCAGGGGAUUAAAGGGGGAAAAAGGUUUCUCUUCGUUUUACAUUCCUGCUGAUCAUCUAACUCCUAGAUAUUUAAUUCAUAUAUGUUUAAAAUAAUAUAUACACUUUUCUAUAACAUAUUGGAAUAUGUAAUUUAUUUCAUCAUUUCAUACAAUCAAGUAUUUAAUACUAUUUCAUAGAUGCUUUAUAAUUUAAGUUGGUAUGCUAUAUGGGUAGUUACACCAUUUGUGUGUAUAACACAUCUGUGUAAUAUGUGUAUAUAUAUAUAUUCAAUGUAUAUUUUUAU